AGCACCAGUCCUUGAAAGUCCUUGAAUGUUUUUUAGAGUUGUGCAUGUAUGAUGACCGCUGUCAGCAUGUCAUUUUUUUAAUGUGUCAUUCUGGUAUUUCCAGAGUGACACAUUAAUGUAGUUUUAAUUGUCUAAUUUAGCUGUAGCUGGUCUUUAAAAUCUGACUCUUUCUCACUGUGAGCAGGAGGGAACAGUGGCGUGUGUCUGUAUCAUAAAACCCACGUCUGACCUCCAGCUGGUGAGCUGCCACUGCUGAGCAAGUGUUCGUUCCCAUGGAGAAUCAUGUAUCCACAUAAUGACCGAUCGCCACGUGUACAGCAUCUAACUUUACAUAAAAUCAUAUCCUUCUCCCCUAUGAACUAAAAAAUCUCUUUUCUCGCUGUGACGCAUUCAUUAAGUGUGAGCAAAGCGCCGCAUUUUUCUCUCUGCACCUCUCAAACUGCGGUCUGAAGCUGGUUGUUUAUAUUAGCUGGUUUGAAAUCAAGUUUUGAUACUUGUGUAACAUUUGUCAUUGUUGUCAUUUUUAUAAUGUAAAAGGAAGAAGAAAAAUAUCGGCUUCCAAGAAUCGGCCCCAAAAAAUUGGCAGCAAAUAUCUGGUAUCGGUUAGACUGAUGUCAGAAUAAUCGCUAUCGGUCGAUCUGUGCUCUGUUAUGACUGAUGCAGUAACACGUUGUCUUGAUAGGUUGCUGUGGCUGUGACGGGUUUGGUGUUCUGCUAUGAAUCAGUUUGAGGAGGACCGAGAGGAGGCCGGUUCGUUAUGGAAAAUGGUUCAACGUGGAGAAGAUGUGAGGCAAAGCACAACUCAAAGCUCAGAGAUUCAAGUUCCUGCUGAACCUGAAACCGAACCAGGACCCGUUCCUGAACCAAGCUGUGUGUCCAUGAAAAGUGACCGGUCCAAGCAUUCUCCUCCUUAUUUCUCUUCUACUAUUGAUGGAAGAAACGACUACAAAAAACAUCCUUCAGCUUCCAGCUGCCUGUCGUGCAGGACAGACAUGUCAAAGGAGGACAUCAUUAAUUUUAAAGGAAUUCAUCUAUCUGCAGAACAGAUCAGAAAUUGUCAGAGGAAACUUCGUUUUGAACCAAACGGCAGCUCUGAUGAUGGCUGCUGUCAGCAGAAUAAAUGGGAACCGUCUGCAAAGAAGAGGAAAAUGGACUUUUCAGACGGCAGUGGACCUGAUCCUAGAUUCAAAAAGAGUGACCUGUGUGGACUCCACAAAGGAAAUCCCAGAUUUGAAGACAAGGGCAUGGAGGUCACCAGGCAUCAGUCAGAGCAGCAGCACCUCAACUCCAUAUUUGCGGUUUUGGAGAAAAACAUUGUUGCUUUUGCGAGGAACGAGCUGAAGCAGAUGUCCAGGGCUUUAACUCCGGGUUCCCCUGAUGACAGUCAAAGGGAUGAGGAGGAAGAUGAUGAUGAGGAGAAGAGGAGCAGCAGAGAAGCAUUUCUGAAAAUCAGCAUUUACUUCCUGAGGAUGAUGAAGCAGAAAGAGCUGGCCGAGCUUCUACAGAGCAGAACUCUCGCCGCAGUUGGUCAGCAAAAACUCAAAUCUAAGCUGAAGAGGAAGUUCCAGCGUGUGUUCGAAGGGGUCGCACAGGGAGGAAACCAGACGUUUCUGAAUCAGAUCUACACAGAGCUCUACGUGACCGAGGGCGGAGGAGCGUCGGGUGGCGACCGGCAUGAGAUCAGGCAGAUCGAAGCGGCGAGCAGGAAACCGAACGGAGCGGGAACGAAGAUCGCGCCGGAGCAGAUCUUCGAAAGCGCUCCGGAGAAACUUCGACCCGUCAGAACGGCGGUGACAAAAGGAGUGGCGGGCAUCGGCAAGACGGUCCUGACGCAGAAGUUCACCCUGGACUGGGCCGAAGACAGAAGCAGCCGGGACGUCUGCUUGGUGUUUCCGUUCAUGUUCAGAGAGCUGAACGCGCUCAGAGACAGGCGGUUCAGUUUGGUGGAGCUGGUUCAUCACUUCUUUACCGAAACCAAAGAAAUCCGCAGGUUUGAGGAGCUCCAGGUCGUCUUCAUCUUUGACGGCCUGGACGAGUGUCGCCUCCCUUUGGACUUUCGCAACAGCGAGAUCCUCACCGACGUUGAGCGGCCGGCCUCGGUGGAUGUGCUGCUGACGAACCUCAUCAGAGGGUACCUGCUCCCCUCCGCUCGCCUCUGGAUAACCACGCGGCCCGCGGCGGCCAGUCAGAUCCCCCCCGAGUGCGUCGACAGGCUGACAGAAGUCCGAGGGUUCACCGACCCGCAGAAGGAGCAGUACUUCGCAAAGAGAAUCGGCGACGAAGAGCAGGCCCGGAGGAUCGUCUCCCACGUCAAGACGUCCAGAGCCCUCCGCAUCAUGUGCACCAUCCCCGUCUUCUGCUGGAUCACCGCGACCGUUCUGGAGGACGCGCUCGAAAGCCGCGAAGGAGAGCGGCUGCCCAAAACGCUGACCGAGAUGUACAUCCACUUCCUUGUGGUUCAGACCAAAGUGAAGAGCUUUAAGUACGACGGAGGCGCUACGGCGGGUCACCCCUGGAGUCCAGAGAACAGAAAGAUGAUCAAGUCUUUGGGGAAGCUGGCCUUCGAGCAGCUGCAGGAAGGAAAUUUGCUCUUUAACGAAUCGGAUCUGGAUCAGUGCGGCAUCGACGUCGCGUCCGUCUCGAUUUCCUCAGGAGUGUUCACUCAGAUCUUUCAGGAGGAGAGAGGAGGCCUGUACCAAGGCAAGGUGUUCAGUUUCAUACAUUUGAGUGUUCAGGAGUUUCUAGCCGCUCUUCAUGUCCACUUGACGUUUUUCAACUCUGACGUCAAUCUUCUGGAAGAACAGAACCCGUCGUCGGACUUUGGAGAUUUCUACCAGAGCGCCGUGAACCGGGCCCUCGAGAGUCCCAAUGGGCAUCUUGACUUGUUCCUCCGCUUCCUCCUGGGUCUUUCGCUGCAGAGCAAUCAGGCUCUCCUGCAAGGCCUCCUGAGAAAGGGCAGUGUCGUCCCGCAGAUGGACGUCAGCCCGAUCACCGUCAGCGAAACGGGCCAGUACAUCAAAGGAAAGUUAAACGAAGCUCUCUCCGUGGAGAAGAGCAUCACGUUGCUUCACUGUCUGAAUGAGCUGAACGAUCGUUCUUUGGUGGAAAAGAUUCAACAGUCUCUGACCUCGGAGCAGCUUUCCACAGACGAGCUGUCGGCGGCCGACUGGUCGGCGCUGGCUUUCCUGUUACUGUCCUCAGAGAAACAUCUGGACGUGUUUGAGCUGAAGAGAUUCUCCGCUUCCAACGAGGCUCUCCUGAGGCUGCUGCCCGUGGUGAGAGAAGCCAACAAAGCUCUGCUGAGUGGUUGUAACCUGUCAGAAGGAAGCUUUGAAGCUCUGUCGUCGGUGCUCAGCUCCCAGUCCUCCGUCCUGAGAGAACUGGACCUCAGUAACAACGACCUGAAGGACCCAGGACUGAAGCAGCUGUCAGCUGGGCUCAGGAGUCCAGGCUGUAAACUGGAAAUUCUCAGGUUGACUCUGUGUAACCUUUCUGAGAGAGGCUGUGGGACUCUGUCUCUUGUACUCGGCUCGCCGUCCUCUUCUCUGACAGAGCUGGACCUGAGCAACAACGACUUGCAGGAUUCAGGGGUGAAGCUGAUCUCGUUUGGACUGAGGAGUCCAAACUGCAAGCUCAAAAUCCUCAGGCUGUCGGGGUGUUUGAUCACAGAGGAAGGAUGCAGGUCCCUCUUCUCAGCUCUCAGCUCCAACCCGUCCCAUCUGACAGAGCUGGACCUCAGCUACAACCAUCCAGGAGACUCGGGGGUGAAACUUUUCUCGGCAAAGCUGAAAGAUCGAGCGUGGAGGCUGGAUGUCUUGAGGAUGGAGCCCUCUGGGGAAAAAUGGUUGAUUCCUGGCCUGAGAAAAUAUUACUGUAAACCCACAGUUGACCCAAACUCGGUUAACAGCCAGUUAAAGCUGUGCGACAACAACAGGACGGCCAUGCACGUCAGAGAGGACCAGUCGUACCCGGAGCACCCAGAGAGAUUUCAGGACUGCCCUCAGCUGCUGUGCAGCGAUGGUCUGACCGGUCGCUGUUACUGGGAGGUGGAAUGGAGUGGAUGGGUGGAUGUUUCGGUGAGUUACAGAGGAAUCGGCAGGAGAGUGGAAAGGGCGGACUGCAGGUUUGGUGGGAAUGAGCACUCCUGGAGUCUGAGCUGCUCAGAUGGGGGUGGUUACUACGUUUAUCACCAGAAGAAAAGAUUAUUUAUCUCGCCCUGCUGUGCUGCCCAGAAGAAGAUAGCCGUGUAUGUGGACCAUCCUGCAGGAAGCUUGUCGUUUUACAGAAUUUGUAACGAUGCUCUGAUUCACCUCCACACCUUCAACACCACAUUUACUGAACCGCUGUAUCCUGGCUUUGGCUUCAGAUUUAGACUCAGGUCCAAGAAUGAUUCCUUUGUGUCUUUAUGCUCUCUCUAGGAGUUUUCCAU